GCAUAGCGGUCGCUUUUAAGGUUUAGCUGUCAGACCAGCAAAACCCGCCGAUCGGGCAGGAACAGCGGAACCGCGGUGAACUUUCAGCAAUUCUGUGAGAACCGGCUGUCGAUCAGGACCCGUCCGUGACCGUACCAUACAUACCCCGUCCCGUAUGUAUCCGGGUGGUCGCUCCGGUCGUCUAUGUCGCAUAUAUGACAGGGCCAAAUUCAUUCAAGUCGAACACGGCGAGCUUGACUCUACCAGUGCACUUGUCUCACUCCUUACUUGCAAACCGGGUCAUGCAAACGCCACCGACUAUGCGUGAGUGGUGGAUGGUGCUGUUGGUAGCGGCGACGGUCCAGGCGGCUUCCCGAGACCAAUGGAUCGGUCGGUCGGUCUACCAAAUCGUGACCGAUCGCUACGCGCGAUCGGAUAACUCGACUACCGCGGCGUGUGAUGCAGCGGAGGGCAACUACUGUGGCGGGUCUUUCCAGGGUAUCAUCAACAAGCUGGACUAUAUUCAGGACCUCGGGUUCGAUGCGAUUUGGAUCUCUCCCGCGCAAACUCAAGAGUCAACCCGAACGGCGGAUCUCUCAGCAUAUCAUGGCUAUUGGCCAAAUGAUCUAUAUUCCAUCAACUCCCACUUUGGCACGUCCGAUGACCUUCAAGCGUUGUCCGCAGCGUUGCACGCGCGGGGAAUGUACCUGAUGCUGGACGUCGUCGUCGGUGACUUGGCCUGGGCGGGAAACCACACCAUCGUCGACUACAGCACGUUUAAUCCCUUCAACGAUCAGAAGUAUUUUCACGACUUCAAACUACUCUCCUCUGAUCCGACCAACGAAACCUGUGUUCUGGAUUGCUGGAUGGGAGACACUGUCAUAUCGCUUCCAGACCUGCGAAACGAGGACCAGCAAGUCCAGCAGAUGCUGGGUACUUGGGUUUCGGAGUUGGUUUCGAACUAUUCCAUUGAUGGGCUGCGCAUCGACAGUGUCUUGAAUAUCGCCCCCGACUUCUUUGCGAAUUUCACCAAGGCAGCGGGAGUUUUUACGAUCGGCGAAGGCGCCACCAAGGAUGCGACCGAUAACUGUCCGUUGCAGCCCAGCAUCAACGGAUUGCUGAAUUAUCCGUUGUAUUACAUUAUCACCACUGCCUUCAACACGACCGGCGGAAACUUGAGCACCAUUAUCCAGUCCAUCGACUACAUCAAGACCCAGUGCGAGGAUGUCCUGGCCCUGGGAACCUUUACAGCCAACCAGGAUGUGCCUCGCUUCGGCUCGUACACAUCGGAUCUAUCACUUGCUCGCAACAUUCUCACCGUCAGCAUGCUCACGGACGGUAUCCCCAUCCUUUACUACGGCGAAGAGCAGCACUUGUCGGGCGGAUUUAACCCGGUCAACCGCGAGGCUCUUUGGCUGACCAACUAUUCAAUGGACUCGACCUCCCUCCCGUCGCUUGUCCAAUCGCUGAACCGCAUUCGGGCAUAUGCCAGCGGGAAUGGCAAACAGUACACGCUCAAGUCGCAGUCCGGGACCGAUUACCUUUCGUACCUUUCCGUCCCCAUUUUCAACACCACUCGCAUUCUAGCCACCCGCAAGGGCUUCGCUGGCAACCAGGUGGUGACUGUCGUAUCCAAUCUGGGAGCCAAGCCAGCCACGAAAGCCACCACCAAGAUUACGCUGGGCUCUGACGGCACGGGAUUCCAAUCCCGGCAGAACGUGACGGAGAUACUGUCCUGCACGACGGUGGUCACCGAUUCCCACGGCAAUCUGACCGUGGACCUUAGCUCGGACGGGGGUCCUCGGGUAUACUAUCCCACGGACAGCCUGAAAAACAGCACGGACAUCUGCGGCGAUCAGUCCCAAACGACAAGCCCGAGUAGCUCGGCAGCCUCGUCCAUCAGCCCAACCCCUUCCACCGGGGCUGAGUCUUCCGUGUUCGGAAUGUCAUUGGAGAUAAGGACCUUGCUCGUCACGGUUGCAAUGGCCACGGCCACGUCUUACUUUUUCGUCUAACUGCCCCUCUUCGCUUAUCUUUGUAUGUUUCGUAUGUGUUUCGGUUUAUCGGUUAUGUCUUGGAUGUUUUGUUCGUGGCUUACAUAGACCGGCGUGUUGUUUCAGUUGUUCUUGCAGUCGUUGUCCGUAGCAGCCAUGUAAUUAAUAAUGUGAUGUUUCUUUGCCC